AUGGGUGUUGUCUCCCAAGUACUUCAAUUUCCCGUUUCCUAUGACGUUGACAAUGAUUCACAUGGCAUUCUCCGGAAUCGUUGCAUUUUUCCUUGUCCGUGUUUUCAAGCUGGUGUUUCCAUAGAUGAUAAAAAUUGGCUGCCAAUUUUCCCAAUUAUACAUCAUGAUAUUGCUAAUGAGAUACUGGUUCAUGCUCAGAGGCUGCAAUAUCUUGCAUUCGCAAAACAUAUUGACCGAGAUGUGAAACGCACUAAUCCAGACAUGAACUUCUUUUCCGGAAACUCGCAGCUUGCAAAGUCUAACUGGGCGGAUGACGUGGCGAGCCUUGAGUGGCUAUCUCAUAUCGUUGAUGAUUCCUUCUCGAAACACUUUGCGGCGGCGUAUCGGACCGGAAUGUUAUCGGAAAAGCCCAAGUUACCAGGCAGCAAUUUGCCUAAACUGGAAACACCGGUUACAACUUGUUUUAAAACUAUAGUUCCGUCCAAAGCAAGAAGCAAGCGCGGUCGAAGUGGUGGCCGUGUUUGGUCUCUUGUCACUUCCCCUCGUGCGGAAUCCCCUUCAAGUUCCACUUCGUCAUCUUCCUCUAGCCCUUGGUUCGUUUACUCAAGCAGCAUCCCCAGUUCAACCUAUGAACCUCUUCUUCUAUAA